AUUCAAAUUUAGAUAAAGAUAAAAAAGAUGAUUAUUUAGAAGAAAUAUCUGAAGAUUAUAAUGAUAUUCGUGAUGAUUAUUAUGCAAAUCUUAAACAAAUACGUUCAAUAUCAAUAAAUGAUGCACGAAAAAAACGAUGGAUUAGUCAAAAAGAAAAUUUUAAUAUAAUUAAACCAACAUUUUUAGGUAUAGAAAUAUUUAAUAAUAUUGAUAUUGAAAAAUUAAUUGAAUAUAUUGAUUGGAAACCAUUUUUUGAUGCAAUGCAAAUACGUGGAAAAUAUCCAAAUCGUGGUUAUCCUAAAUUAUUCGAUUGUAAAGAAGUUGGCGCACAAGCUCGUAUUGUUUUUAAUGAUGCACAAAAAAUUUUAUCAAAUAUUGUUACACAUAAAAUUUUUUCAAUUCGUGCUGUUAUUGGUUUUUAUCCAUGUCGAACAUCAGGUGAUGAUAUACUUAUAUUUGAUCCACAAGAUUCAACAAAACAAAUUUCAACAUUAUUUGGUUUAAGACAACAAAUGGAACGUGAUUCAAAUGUUUAUAUGUGUUUAUCAGAUUUUAUAUCAUCAACUACAAUUGAUUAUAUUGGACUUUUUGCAUUAGCUAUUUUUAAUGUUGAACAAGAAGCACAAAGAUUAGUACAAAAAGAAAUUGAUGAUUAUUCAUCAAUUAUAUUAAAAUUAUUAGGUGAUCGUUUAGCUGAAGCAUGUGCUGAAUAUUUACAUGAACGUGUUCGUCGUGAAUUAUGGGGAUACGUACCAAAUGAAAAUUUAACAAUAAAAGAUUUACUUUCAGUUAAAUAUCAAGGUAUUCGUCCAGCUGCUGGUUAUCCAACACAACCAGAUCAUACAGAAAAAUUAACAAUAUGGAAAUUAUUAAAUGUUAAAGAAUCAAUUGGUAUUGAAUUAACAGAUUCACUUGCUAUGCUACCACCAUCAGCUGUUUCGGGACUUUAUAUGGCUCAUCCAGAAUCAACUUAUUUUGCUGUUGGAAAAAUUAAUGAAGAUCAAGUAUGUUUGAGUUUAGAAGCAAAAUGA